CCCGAUUAUGUUAUCUCAUCACUGCACUUUCACACAACUGAACUCACUCGCCGGAGCUUCAAAAUUCAACCUUACCAAUGGACGUUCUUCUUCCCUCCACUUCCUUUCGCACCGUUAAUCUCAAGUUGGAAUCCUUCCGUACAUUCUUCUCAACAAGUCGGAACCGUCGCUUUUCCGACACCCUGAAAUGUCGCCGAAAAACGACCUCAACUGAGCUCCAGGCAACCGUCGACGUCGCCGCCCGGGCUGACAGCGGUUCUCCUUCUAUUCCAUCUCAUAAGGUCACCGUUCACGAUAGAGAGAGGGGCGUUGUUCAUGAAUUUGUUGUUCCUGAGGACCAGUACAUAUUGCACACUGCUGAAGCCCAGAGCAUAUCUCUUCCAUUUGCUUGCAGGCACGGUUGUUGUACUAGUUGUGCUGUUCGAAUUAAAUCAGGCGAAAUUAGACAGCCAGAAGCCCUUGGAAUAUCUGCUGAAUUGAAAUCAAAGGGGUAUGCACUUCUUUGCGUUGGUUUCCCAUCAUCGGAUGUAGAAGUAGAAACUCAAGAUGAGGAUGAGGUAUAUUGGCUUCAAUUUGGAAGAUAUUUUGCUCGAGGACCAAUUGAGAGAGAUGACUAUGCUCUAGAGUUGGCCAUGGCUGAUGAGUAAACUAUUGAUCCUGGAAGAUCUAUGAACAGAGAAAUGACUGUAAGAUUCCUGUAGAGGAGCAUUACUCUGCUCAACAUCAUCUUCUUUCUCUAUUUCUAUGUUCUAUGACUGUUAAUAUCCUAUGAGAAUGAAAUUAUUACCCUAAUGUUGUUUUUGACACAUCUUUUUUAUAUACUAAGCUUCUCCGCUUUUUCCUGGUUGAUGGGAAGUUCGUGUACUUCUUGAACUCUAAAAGUGAACUUUGUUUAUUUUGGUGGAAUGCAUAUAUCUAUCUUUUAUGUGGGGAA